AUGGUUUUCAGAGACUCCGUUAGAGAAGGGAUUCAUUUGUUUGCAUUUGUUUUAUAUUCAGGAACCUCUCUGAGGUUGAAAUAAAUCAUUGUGUUCCUAGGAAGACUUACAGGGAUGUUGCUGUUCCUGGGGCCCUACAGUCUUCUUUACUUUCUUCCUCUUAGGGAAGACAUGAUGGCUGGGCCUGUCUUGCCUUCUACUGCUCUGUGGCCUGCAGCUCUAAGAGUGAGACCGGCUGCCAUCGCUGCAGUUUUUAUCUUAUCCUGCCUCAUAAGUGAUGUUGGAGGUGUGAUUUGCAAGUUCUGCAAUCUCUCCAUCCCGUUCCAUGGAUGUAUGCUAGACUUUGGAACCUGCAGAACAAAGCCUGGCCAGUAUUGUAUAAAAGAGGUCCUCACUAAAGGAGGAAUCGAAUGGUAUUCAAUUAAAGGCUGCACAGAGGACAAAUCAGAGUGCUUUAAGAGGAUCGUAAAGAAUUAUGAAAUCCGCACUUCUCAUUGCUGCCACCGUCCCCUGUGCAACUUCUGA